UUUUUGUUGCCCUGUAGCGUUCAUGUAUGUAAUUGCAAGUGUCCCAUUUUGCAACUACAUUUAUAUAUAGAGUUUUUUUUGUGUUUCGUCUGAUAAGACAGAUGUGCCACCCCAAAAAAAAACGCAUUUGGGAAAUAAUACGCUGCAAGAACAACAACAACAACCCUGUGUGUGUGUGUGUGAACAGUGUAGCCUUGAUGCAGCGCCCACGUUGAAAAAAAAAGGAAAAAGAAUUAUGCUGCAAAGAGCGUAAAAAACGAUUUUCUGUAUUCUCCAGUGCACAAGUGUGUGUGUGUUCCAUUGUUUGGCAGCAGUUUUCUUAACCUAUUCCAAACGAUUCGGGAACAAUUUCCAAUUUCCUGUCGCCAUCGCUCUCUGGCGCUGCUUCUUCUUCGCUUAACCCAUUGCUGCCCGCUUCAAGUGAAUUUUCCUACGCGGCAUUUGUUAGGGUUGAUUUUCACCACGUGGUGAGCGAAUAGACACGAGAUAAUCACUAAUUGUCGCCCGAAAUCGAGAAGAAGUCAAUCCACGUCGAUAAUCAGCAAGAGAGCAGCGAAAAAUUCAUCAGGGGACAUGACGGAUGCACAGAACAUCCACAUUCAAAAUGGUGGCAGAAGCGAGGUGGUUCAAUCCAACGGGGUGACCAGUAAUGGACACCACCACCACCACAGCAGCGGGAGCAAGCAUAAAUCCCAUAGCAAGGACAAGCACCGUGAUAAGGACAGGGAGCACAAGAGCUCCGGAUCCUCCAGCUCCUCGAAGGACCACAAGAGCAGUCGCGACAAGGACCGCCACAAGAGCAGCAGCUCGUCGUCGAAGCAUCGGGACAAGGAACGCGACAGUAGCAGCAGCUCGCAUCGCAGCAGCUCCUCGUCAAGCCACAAGGACAAGGAUGGGAGCAGCAAGCACAAGUCCUCAUCAUCGUCCUCGUCCGGCCACCACAAGAGCUCCUCGAAGGACAAGGAGCGGCGUGACAAGGACAAGGAUCGCAGCAGCAGCUCCUCCAGUCGGCACAAAUCCUCAUCUAGCUCCCGUGAUAAAGAGCGCAGCAGCAGUCACAAGAGCUCCUCGUCGUCGUCCUCAUCGAAGAGCAAACAUUCCAGUUCGAGGCACGGUGGCUCGUCAUCGACCUCGAAGGAACCGCCAUCGUACGAUGGAGUGUUUGUCAAGCCGGAGCCCGUUUCCCAACCCCUGAUUCCCGGGGGUCUGAUCGAACCCUUCCAUGUGCCGGAGGAGUUUAACAGCUACAACCCGAAUACCGCCAUCAAUUGCAACGGCAAUGGCAACGAUGGCGGAGCGAACUACAAGAACGGCUACGAGGACUCGAUUGUGGAAAUCAAGAAGGAGGAAAGCUUCAACAAUCUGUCGCAGGCCAGCUCCUGUGAUUACUCCCUGUCCCAGUUUCGUUCCGAUGAGCCGCCAUUCGAGGUGAAGCACGAGCAGAGCUACGCCGAAGAUGAUAGCACCAUGAACGAUAAUGAACAAUACGAGGAGCCCGAGGAGAUGGAUGAGGACGAGGAGGAUGUGCCGCUGGCAAUGCGGAAGCGCAAGCAGGAGGCACCCGAUCAGGCCCAUGGCGGCAUGGAUGACGACGACGACGACAUUCCGCUGCUGGCGCGCAAGAAGCCCAAGAAGGAGUCCAAGGAGAAGAAGUCGAAGAAGCGUGUGAAGGAGGAGGCCGACGACAUGUACGCCAACGUCAAGCCCAAGAAGAUAAAGAUCAAAAAGGAGGCCGAGGUCAAGACCGAGGCCGUAUCCCCCGCCAAACGCCAGAAGAUCAAGGAGGAGGAGGAGGAGGUGUGGCGCUGGUGGGAGGAGGAGAAGCGCGCAGAUGGCGUCAAGUGGUCAACUCUGGAGCACAAGGGACCCGUGUUCGCUCCGCCGUACGAGCGUGUGCCCCGCAAUGUUCGUUUCUACUACGAUGGCAAGCCGCUGGAACUCUCCGAGGAAACAGAGGAGGCGGCCACCUUCUACGCGAAGAUGUUGAACCAUGACUACUGCACCAAGGAAGUGUUCAACAAUAACUUCUUCAAAGACUUCCGCAAGUCGAUGACGUCCAAGGAGAAGGAGAUUAUCAAGGAUUUCCGCAAGUGCAACUUCCAGGAGAUGUUUAACUUCUUCCAGGCAGAGUCCGAGAAGCGCAAGGCGGCCACCAAGGAGGAGAAGCUGGUCAAAAAGAACGAGAACGAGGCCUUGAUGAAGGAGUACGGAUUCUGUAUGAUUGACGGCCACAAGGAGAAGAUAGGCAACUUCCGUCUGGAGCCGCCAGGCCUGUUUCGCGGCCGUGGUGAGCAUCCCAAAAUGGGCAUGAUUAAACGACGCAUCCACGCCAGCGAUGUGUCGAUUAACUGUGGCAAGGAUUCGAAGGUGCCGCCACCUCCGGGCGGCUCGCGUUGGAAGGAAGUGCGCCACGACAACACGGUCACCUGGCUGGCCUCCUGGAUUGAGAACGUACAGGGACAGGUCAAGUACAUCAUGCUGAAUCCCUCCUCGAAACUCAAGGGCGAGAAGGAUCACAUUAAGUACGAGACGGCGCGUCGCCUGGACAAGGUCAUUGAUAAGAUCCGUGCCACUUAUCGCGACGAGUGGAAGUCCAAGGAGAUGAGGGUUCGCCAGCGAGCUGUUGCCCUCUACUUCAUCGAUAAACUGGCGCUGCGUGCGGGUAACGAGAAGGAUGAGGACCAGGCUGAUACCGUGGGCUGUUGCUCGCUGCGCGUGGAGCACGUCCAGCUGCACAAGGAGCUGAAUGGCAAGGAGAACGUUGUGGUGUUCGACUUCCCCGGUAAGGAUUCCAUUCGCUACUACAACGAGGUCGAGGUGGAGAAGCGUGUCUUUAAGAACCUCGAGCUGUUUAUGGAGCACAAGAAAGACGGCGACGACCUCUUUGAUCGACUCAAUACCCAGGUGCUUAACGAGCAUCUGAAGGAGCUAAUGGAUGGACUCACGGCCAAGGUAUUCCGUACGUACAACGCCUCAAAAACACUGCAAAGCCAGUUGGAUCUGCUCACCGAUCCGAGUGCUACCGUGCCGGAAAAGCUGUUGGCCUACAAUCGCGCCAACCGUGCCGUGGCCAUCCUCUGUAACCAUCAGCGUUCCGUGCCCAAGGGCCACGAGAAGUCGAUGGAAAACCUGAAGGAGAAGAUCAAGGCCAAGCGUGAUGCCAUCGAUGAUUGCGAGGCCGAGUAUCAUGAUUUUAAGAAGGCCGCCAAACGUGGCUCCGUCAAGGAGAAGGUCAAUGCCGACAAGAAGGGCAAACAGCUGGAGCGCCUGAAGGAUCAGCUGAAGAAACUAGAAUUACAAGAGACUGAUAGAGACGAGAAUAAGACCAUUGCCCUGGGCACAUCUAAGCUAAACUAUCUUGAUCCACGCAUUUCGGUGGCUUGGUGUAAAAAGAAUGGAGUGCCGAUCGAGAAGAUAUUUAACAAAACGCAAAGAACCAAAUUUCUGUGGGCCGUCCACAUGGCCGACGAGGAUUAUCGUUUUUAAUUGGUUUCUCACAACCACGCCUAGAUAUACACGCAAUGCCCCCCACACACA